UCUCCUCCGACUCGUCGUCCCUAGCGUGCUCAUCGCCAGCGGUCUUGCUCCCUCUGCCUCCUAUUCUGCUCGUCCGCCAUCACUGCACCCAACGCCUGCUGUGCUCCAGUGCUCGCGUCUUGCCUCUCUUCCUGCAGCUGUACUUCCUGCCGCUGAGGCUGAAGCUAGGGUUCUCCCCCUCGAAUCGGUGGAGAAAGACCUAUUAUGGUUGCCGAUUAAAUCCCUAAUUCGGUUCAGAUGCUCAGACUUUGAAAUUGAUUGCGUGGAACCUAGCCAACUCCUCACCCUUUUGCAUCACUCCGAGCCCACUUCCCAUGGCGAGCUGAUAAAUUUUACUCAUUCCCCUAGUAGUGAUUUCCAUGAGACUUUGCAAGCUUCCUCCCCUUCCAUCGCGCAGCCACCACCGUGGGAACGUCGAAGCCUCCGUCGUGCAGCCACGCCGCCGCCGUCCCUAGCUCUGUUGGUCACUCGGUUCGAAGGUGCUCCACCACUGCUCCUUGUCUUGGUCACUCGGUGUCUCUGUCUCCCUCUUGCAUGCUCUGUUGAAGGCGUCUUCGAGCUUCCAGAUGAGUGGUGCACCAGACUCUCCGAUACAUUCAUCCAGUAGUGAUGACUUCAUUGCCUAUCUUGAUGAAGCAUUAGCUGCAAGUUUGCCAGAUGCGUCAUCCGAUAAAGAAGUUGAAAAUCAAGAUGAGCUGGAAAGUGUCAGCAGAAUAAAAAGGCGCAAGUUUGAAAGUGACGAGGAAACUGAGGAGUCUACUUCAGAAGGAAGUGUGAAACAGAAUUUAGAAGAAUCUGUAGAAGAUGUGUGUACACAUCCUGGUUCAUUUGGAGACAUGUGUAUACGUUGUGGGAAAAAGUUGGAUGGUGAAUCUGGUGUGACAUUUGGCUACAUACACAAGGGACUGAGACUUCAUGAUCAGGAGAUAUCUAGACUGCGCAGUACAGAUGCGAAUAAUCUGCGUAGUCGUAGAAAGCUCUAUUUGAUCCUCGAUUUAGAUCACACUCUGUUAAAUUCCACUCAUCUUGCUCAUUUAAACUCUGAAGAGUUGCAUUUAAUUCCCCAGGCAGAUUCUGUUGGAGGUGUUUCCAAGAGUAGCCUUUUCAAAUUGGACAAAAUGCAUAUGAUGACCAAGUUGAGGCCUUUUGUCCGCACAUUUCUAAGAGAAGCAAGUGAAAUGUUUGAGAUGUACAUAUACACCAUGGGUGAUCGACCCUAUGCAUUAGAGAUGGCUAAGCUGCUUGAUCCUCAAGGAGAAUACUUCAAUGCAAAGGUGAUUUCUCGAGAUGAUGGCACUCAAAAGCAUCAGAAGGGUCUUGAUAUUGUGUUGGGGCAAGAAAGUGCUGUUGUGAUUCUUGAUGAUACAGAACACGCAUGGGUGAAGCAUAAAGAUAAUCUGAUUCUGAUGGAAAGAUACCACUUUUUUGGUUCAAGUUGCCGGCAGUUUGGUUUCAAUUGCAAAUCUUUAGCUGAAUUGAAGAGUGACGAAGAUGAAGCUGAAGGAGCACUUGCUAAAAUCCUUCAAGUUCUUAAACAAAUUCAUUACAAAUUCUUUUAUGAACUUGAAGAUAUUGCUGAACGAGAUGUAAGGCAGGUUUUGAAAUCCCUUCGAAGGGAAGUCUUGAGCGGAUGCGUGAUUGUUUUCAGCCGUAUCUUCCAUGGAGCAUUACCAUCACUCCGGAAGAUGGCUGAGCAGUUGGGAGCCAUUUGUUUAACGGAACUUGACCCCUCCGUGACACACGUGGUUGCUACUGAUGCCGGAACUGAGAAGGCCCGGUGGGCAGUGAAAGAGAAGAGGUUUUUGGUUCAUCCGCGAUGGAUAGAGGCUGCAAAUUAUUUUUGGGAAAAGCAACCUGAGGAGAACUUCGUCCUCAAGAAAAAGCAGUAACUUAUCUUGUAGCAUCACACACUUUGCUGUGUUCAUAGUCUGUUUAGAUGUUAUAUUCUUCGACUCAUAUAUAUAUAUAUAUAUACAAGUCCAUUGUGUGCAUAUUACAUAUUUUAUAGUUCUUACUUUUGAUGCGAUUUACAUUUUAAUUGUUUAAUUCUUUAC